UUUCAGCUGGAGAAGCGGCCACAGCACAAUGAAGCUUUUCAUAGGCCUUGUUUUCUGUUCCUUGAUCAUGGGAGUCAGUGGUGAAGGCUGGUAUUCGUUCUUCAAGGCGGCCGUGCAAGGGGCUUCGGACAUGUGGAGAGCCUUCUGGGACAUGAAAGAAGCCAAUUACCGAAAUUCAGGCAGAUACUUCCGUGCUCGAGGGAACUAUGAGGCUGCCCAGAGGGGCCCUGGGGGUAUCUGGGCUGCAAAAAUCCUCAGCAACAUCGGGGAGUACCUUCAAGGAUUCUUACAGAAGUUUUCCCUUGGAAGUGGCAGCUACGGGUUGGAGGACCAGGUGUCUAACCGGAAAGCUGAGGAAUGGGGCCGGAGUGGCCAAGACCCAGGUCGCUUCAGACCUGCAGGCCUGCCUAAGAAAUACUGAGUCCUGCUUCCUGUGCUCUCAUGGGGGCACAUCGCUCCCCUAAAACAGGGAAAUAGCGUCACUGAGCUUUGUCACCCCAGGAACUGAGACAGGAACACAGAGCUGCCCAAGAAAUGUUUGUGAAGCUGAAUAUGUAGAUGGAACCUGGAAUCUUUGAGACAGACUCUCGGGGAAGAAUGGCUGCCUGGCUCCCCAUGGAAGGUAAAAGCUCUGAGGAGGGUGAGCCUGUGACUGCAGGGUCCCAGGAACUCCAAAUGACCUGUACCCAUGCCCGUGCUCACACGACCCUGCUCAGCCCUGCUACUCUCAGGAGCCCAGUUUCUCCUCCCGAGUGAGCCUGAGCUGGCAGAGCGCUGGCCACCACGCUGGACUCCUCAGUGCCUGGGGGCGUGACUCUGGCACAAGCCUUGGGCAGCCCCACCCCCACUUUUUCCUCUGGUCCUGUGGCAGCCUCCCCAGUAUUUUGUUGCUGUUUCAGGCGUCUCUGUGUCCAGACUCUCCCCUGCCCAAUCAGUUGCAUCUUUGAAGAGGAAAAUUAGAAACUUGCACUCAGCUAAAAAUAACUUCAUGCUCCUUCUGCUUUUGUAAGAUAUGCUUGCUGCCCUGAGAAAGAAACAAGAUGACCUAGUGAUCAAAUAUAACCAUAAUAUGUUUUAAUAAAUAUGGGAUGUUCUGCACCUGCUCUUUCAAGUUUCUGUUUGGAAACUCCCAUGCUCUGUAAAUGCGGGCAGCCCAUAGCAACCAAGAAACCAAUCUACCAAUGCUAAAUAACCAUGUGCACUGACCCCUAUAAAAGUAAAGCUCACCCUGAGCUUGGGGCCCAGAACUUCAGAGCCUUAGCUUGUCUGGGGCUGCCGGCUUAAUAAACCUGAGUUCU